ACAACGCUGUCCAUGUGGAACUGAAGGUCUUCAAACAGUCAGCUAGCACUGUCCAGAGCAGUACAGCGGUUCAGAGACUGGUGUUGCCAGAACAACUACCAUCACAGUAGAGGAUAUCCGCCGUGCAUUGGAAUCUGUUGCACGCAUUAAAAAACACUGGUUCGUGCUCGGGAAAAAAAGCUUGAACAAAAGCAGUCAACUUCCAAGAAUAAUAGUUGGUUCUGGCGUGAUUGUGUUGGCAGCUGAUCACGAAACAUUGUGACCACGUUUUGGAAAAAGCUCAAAUUAUAUUUUUAAAGAACUUGGAAGAAAACUUCCUUGUCAUACAACAAACAGAUCCCUCUGCAUUAGCCAGUGUCUUCCUUGCAGUUCUUGCUCUGUGAGGAUCUCAAAGAUAUGCAUCACUGCUGACGAUGAAGAGAUUGGGCAGUCUGAUAACCGAACGUGGGCUCACUGCAAGCAUUUGAAUCUGUGAAAUCAUCUGUAAAUCUUUUGCAGACACUCAGAACUAUGAGGUACUUAACGAAACGCAGGGUUUUGAAAGUUGCCAGUCUGUGGUGCCUCGUGGUGAUCUCUCUCACCGUCCUGUAUUUCUCCGCAGACUUCAUAACACCACUAAGCAGCGAAACGGUCAUCACGGAAUACCUCAAGAUGCUUCCGCAUCAGAACCUUGAUAAAAGAAAACAUUGGACUCUUUUGACCCGGUCCAACCCGACCGUUCACCACCACCACCCCUUUGUGACGGCAUCGACACCAACAAACGCAACAAGCGCUCGGGAUUCUCCCAGUGAGAGAGAAGCUCAACGGUCUGCCUCACCUAAUGGAACCUUAAAAGUAACAACCAAAGCUUCUGGGCUCCCCGAGAAAGCUACUAAACCACCUCUGUUCUCUGACGAGGUGCUAAACCCACACCCGUUCAACUUCACUCUGUCCAACGAAGAUGCCUGUCUCGACAAUAAGACAGACAAGAGGGUAUUUCUUUUGUUACUUGUCAAGUGUAGUCCAGGCGAUACGUUUGACCGUUCACUGAUACGUCAAACAUGGGGUGGGGUGAAGGAGGUCGACGGCAGAAGAACGUUAACGAUGUUCCUGGUGGGCGAGAGUGGUAAUGCCACCAAAGAUAGAUUGGUGGCCGAAGAGAACACGAAGCGACGUGACAUUGUACGAGAGAACUUCGUUGAAGCGUACGCCAAUUUGACGUUCAAAACCCUGAUGGGUUUCAAGUGGGCAGCCCAAUUCUGUCCCGAUGCGGAAUACGUUGCCAGCGUUGAUGCCGACAUGCUUAUCAGCGUGCACAACAUGGUCCGUCGACUGGUCGGCAAACCGAGGAAGGGUUACGCCGAGGGAAACCUCCGCUCCAAGGUGGUGCCGGUCCGGAACCCGAAUGACCAGCACAAGAAGUGGCACACGUCGCUGGACCUGUACCCGGAGCCUACGUACGCGCCGUUCUUCACCGGUGCGUGCUACGUAAUGUCCGCAGACGUUGCGGCUAGGGUCUUUCGAGAGUCCGUGCACGUCCGGUUCCUACCGUGGGAUGACGUCUACACAGGCCUGGUCAUGAAGAGAGUUGGAGUUGUACCCAAAUUCGUGCGAGGGUACGUCCAGUAUGUGAACUUGAGAAGUGAUGGAUCGAUAGAUGGCGCCCUUACAAAGGGUCAGGCAGUGAUCUCAGACCAUCAGCACAAUAAGGUGGACGACCGUCUUGUCAGAAUUUGGAAGAGAAGUGCGGCUAGACUUUCUCAAAUCAAGAAGGUUGUAUGACCCUUCACCAACCUAAACACUGGUUUUGGCUGAAUAGGUGUCAAAACGCUGGUUGUGGAAACUAGUCUCCUCUUUGCGACCGCCGAUUAUUUUUGUCUUUCGACAAAGACACCAUUACGGGAAUACCCCAUUAAAGAAAGAGGCUACAAAUACGUGUACUCCUUUUCGUAUAGCAACUUACACCUGUUAUCUCUUUGUCAUUGUUUUUGAUGGAGGAUUUCCGUAAUGCGCACAUACAACCCGUAAUUCAUCACACAGCAGAUGUCGCCAUUACUGGUCGUGAAAGUCGUCAAAACGUAAAGUUCACUAAGUAUAUUAGCGGCCAUUUUGUAGAGAUUCCCUCCAUGAUGAGCAAUCAAUGAGUUAUUUAUUUAUUACGGAAGUGAGUUGCUAUAACUAUAUGCCAAAAAGCUGUUGAGCAGUCUAACUUAUGAAAUACUUCUCACUGUGAACUUCAUAUAAUCGAAGAGCUUUCAAAGUGAAAAUAUUCAACCACCACUCCCGAGAUCACUACACAUCUUUGUCAGUUCACAAGGUAGUGAGACUACACCCCUGCCUUAUUAAUGGUCAACUCCUAGUCUGAGUUAGACUUGUGGAAAAGUUGUUAAUAUCAUGAUAGCAUAAUACUUUCUAGCACCCCGCUUUCGAAGACAUGCUCUCACGAGAUCACUGCUCUCGCGCGAGGUUCCUGCUGGCAGCCCUUUUCGAAUCUACGGUUUCAGCUCCAUAUUCGGCUCAGGCUAGCUUUGGUAAACGCGGUUGUUUAUUUGUUUUUGCGCGUGCUUUGCGUACGUGCUCGGGGCCUCAGACAAGAGGACGGAGCCUGAAGCCGAUUUCAAAGCCGAAGCCGUGGUUUUGAGAAGGGCCAUCGUUUCGUAGUCUGGGGGGGGGGGCUUCAGUCUCGCGUGAACAUUGCAAGUGUCGUGAGAAUCGGAACACUAUAUUUUUUAAUAACCGGACAAACAUUUAAAGGCAGUGGACACUAUAGGUAACUACUCAAAAUAAUUAUCAGCAUAAAACAUUACCUGGUAACGAGUAAUAUUCCUUCCAUUCCACGAAUUAAAGCCACGCAAUAAUUGUAUUAUAUCAUUGACAUAUAGAUAUUGUCAUUUGAUGUAUUUUAAAAGUAUAACAUUAUGAAAAAUCACACAAAUUACUGACAACCAAAAA